UGGCGACUCGCUGCCAUUUUGCCGACCGAGAUGGCACGGCGUCGCGUCGAGAUCAGCGUCCAUGACCCGCUCGCGCAGGACGACGACGCGCCGGACGAGGUGACCUUGAGCACGACGACCCACAUGGAGAUGACGCUGGACGAGAUGAACAUUGAGCUCGAGCUGCAGAUCGACUCGGAUGGCAUCGCGCGGUCCUUCUUCGAGUGCGCAGCGGAAGGCAACGUCGAGACGCUUCGCAUCCUCCUCAUGACCGACCCGAGCGGCGAGCUCCUCAACUCGGUCGACGUUGACGGCUUCUCGGCGCUCAUGAUCGCCGCAGCGGAGGGCAACUCCGAGGUUGUUCUGGAGCUGCUUCGGCUCGGCGCGGAUGCCAACCUGCGGACGUUUGAGCUCAAGAGCGCAGCGCUCCAUUUUGCAGCCAAGAAUGGCGACCCGGUCAUCGUGGAAGAGAUGUGCAACCAUACCAAGCAGAUUGACUUUUGGAAUGUGAACGCAGACACGCCGCUGGUGUGGGCCUGCAUCGAAGGCCGGGACGAAGCCGUCCGCAUCUUGCUCGACCAUGGCGCUGAUCCGCGCGUGAAGAACCACUUUGAUGCGACGACGCUCAUGUGCGCGACGAUGCUGGGCGACGAUGCGACCGAGGGCAUCGAUGCGUGCCGCAAGAACAUUGUGGCCAUGCUGCUCCAGGCGUGCCCCGAGAUGGUCAACGCCCAGGACCGCGAUGGGACGACCGCGAUGCACUUGGCCGCGUCCUGCGGCUACCUGCAGUGCGUCCAAAAGCUCUUGGCGCACGGCGCCGACAUUACGAUUCGGAAUGCGAUUGGGCAAACGCCGCUCGAGGAGGCCGAGCUCACGGGGUGCAACGGCAGCGAGCGCUGUGUCGAGUACCUCCAGUCGCGCUGGCUUGUGCUUGAAGAGGAGGCCAAAGCCCGCAUGAUGACAAUGCUCGAGAUGGAAGACAGCCAAGCGACGACGACCCCAAAGAAAGCGAGCGCCAACAAAAAGAAAAAGAAGGCGAAAAAAGCUGCCCAGAAAAAGACCCGAGCCAAGAGCGCAGUGACGUUGGCGAUCGACGGUCCGGACUCGGACGACGACGAAGAUGCGACGAUGGACACUCCCGCACCGUCGCCGACGCCUGCCACGAAACCGUGCGAGACGGACGAUGAGAACGCGAUGGCGUGGACGACCGUGAGUCGCAAGCCUGCGCCAAGCGCCAAGACCGACAAGAAAAAGGACGGCGACGCGUCACCAACGGCCCCAAAGCUCGCGACGGCCACCAAGGCGCAGGCCAAGCCAACGACCCCCAAACGUCCGAUGAAAGAGGUUGCGCCAACUCCCAUGAAGACUGCUGUCGUGGCACAUACGCUGGAACCACCAACGACCGCCAUCGAUGCGCCCGAUGCUCUAGAAGCUGUCGUCUCGGAAGCAGUCGUGCCAGAAGCCGACGUACCAGAAGUCGUCGUACCAGAAGUUGUCGGACACGAGACCAUCGCACCAGAAUCACCGGUGGCAGCGCCAGCCAGCCACAAGGACCCCACCAACGACUUCCCACCUGCACGUGAUAGCACGCUCCUCCAGAGUCCACCGAUGGUCGAGAGCGAGUCGGAAGACGAUGGGACACCGGAUUUUCUCAUGCGCUUGCCCUCGCUCGACGCGACGCCGUCGUCGCCUGAGACGGCCCCCACGCCCUUCUCCACGAGUGAUCACGUAAGCACCCUGUCGCCCGUGAGCCAGCUCUUCCAGCCGAGCUACACGCCAUCGCCGUUUCUUCGUCCUCGACCCAUGUGGGGACGCUUUAGUUCGUCCGAGGCACGGUCGUACCGUCGACAGCCCGUGUCUCGUGGUGUAACCAAGCCCAAACUCUCAUGGCUCGACCCACUACCGGUUCACGUACGGGACGCACUUGGCAUGCUUGCGUGCGGCUUUUGCGCCGAUCUCGUCUCGGAGAACGUGCAAUGCACGGCCUGCACGCAGCUCUACUGCCACCUCUGCGUCCCCGCGCCCACGUUUGCAUGUGUGCGCUGCGGACACAUUCUCAUGCGCUCCGAGAUGAAGCACAACGCGUUCGCACAGGCGCAAGCGGCGUCCGUCGGGCUCUUGGCGACGACGCCGUCGACGACGCCGGAGGACGCAACUCCGCGCCCGACGAUCGACGAGCUGCAGACACGCUUGUAUGUGCAGGAGCCCAUGGCCGAGCAGGUCGCGCUGCACCCAAUGGGUCUUGUGCCGGGCCAAGACGCGUACUUGGCAACCUGCAGCAUGGCCCAGCUCGACGUGCUGGAAGACCUCCACUACACGGGUCUCCGCGCCAUCAACACGACGCGCAUGGAGUGGAUCCGCAGCCAAGAGCGCAUGAAGUACGAAGAAGAGCUCAAGACGACGCAGAGCGUCUACUCGCUCUACCACCACCCACAACAAUAGCCACAGACAACACAAUAGAGCGUGCUCUGUACAACGAUUA